GGAGCUCCUUCUGGGCUGGGGAACUGUCUGCCGGCAGAGCAAAGCUGCCCACAGACCAGCUCUCACAAGGCAACCGGCCAUUGGCUGGAAAUCUCAGGAUUGACCCCUGGGCCACAGAAAACAAACAGGAUUAAAGUCCAGGGCUGGGACUUCCUCCUUGGGGUGUUUGACAAGGACUGACGUACUCUAGGCCCUUUGAAUCCCGGAAGCCCAGGACACACCCAACCUUUGGUGCAGCAUCCUGUAUGCCGGAGCAUAGCUAAAAGGACUGAAGCAAACAUCUCACCAUGAGGGACCCACUGACAGAUUGUUCGUAUAAUAAAGUAUACAAGAACCUAAAGGAGUUUUCUCAAAAUGGAGAAGAUUUCUGCAAGCAGAUCACAUCCAUUCUUCAGCAAAGGGCAAAUUUGGAGAUCAGUUAUGCCAAAGGACUUCAGAAACUGGCAACCAAACUCAGCAAAACAUUACAGAGCACAAAGAAAAACUGUGUUGUCAGUGCCUGGGCCUGGGUCUCGGAGGGCAUGAAGUCGGCAGCGGACCUGCAUCAAAAACUUGGCAAAGCAAUUGAGUUGGAAGCAGUAAAACCAACUCAUCAAGUCCUGAGUGCACAUGAAAAGAAGAGAAAAUCACUUGAUAAUGAAGUUGAAAAGACAGCAAAUCUUGUCAUUAGCAACUGGAAUCAUCAAAUUAAGGCCAAGAAGAAAUUGAUGGUUAGUACCAAGAAGCAUGAAGCGCUUUUCCAUCUUGUAGAAAGCUCCAAGCAAAUUACGACCGAGAAGGAGAAGCAGAAGCUCCUCAAUAAACUGAAAAAAUCAACUGAGAAGUUGUCAAAAGAAGAUGAAAAUUACUACCAAAAAAACAUGGCCAGCUGUUCUACCAGACUGAAAUGGGAGAACACACUGGAAAAUUGCUUCCAGAGCAUCCUGGAGCUGGAGAAGGAAAGAAUUCAACUCUUAUGCAAUAACUUAAACCAGUACUCACAACAUAUUUCUGUUUUUGGCCAAACCCUGACCACAUGCCACACGCAGAUCCACUGCGCCAUCAGCAAGAUAGAUGUCGAAAAUGAUAUCCAGGCUCUCGUGGAAGAAACCGCAGUUUCAUCUACAGAAAAUAAAUCUGAGUUCCUAUUAACUGAUUACUUUGAAGAAGAUCCUAAAAAUGCAAUGAGUAAAGAGCGACAGGCAUCUUCAAUAAAGUCAAAACUGUUGAGACUGCAAAAAGAUAUUGAAAAAGCCUCGCGAGACCAGCAAGGCCUGGAACGAAUGCUGAAAGCAUACUCCAGCCACCCCUGCUUCUCAGACACAGAGAGCCAAAAAAGCACAGCAGCCUUAAUGGACGAGAAUAACUUGAAACUAAUGCUUUUGCAAGCAAACGCCUAUAAACUGUCAUCCAUCUUAGCAGAACUUGAGCAAAGACCUCAACCCAGCCAUGUCUGUAGUAACUCCAUCUUCAAGUGGAAAGAAAAGCAGCAGACACAUAGUUCUGUAAAAAUAUCUCGGCCUUUUCUGACAAAGAGAUUAGAGAAUGUUGUGAGCAGGUCAUCUUCUGGUGGGCAGAGAAUUCCAAGUUCUUCAUCUACAGCCUCCGGUGUGACCCAGCUCGGCAAUGGGCUUUGCAAGGCCUUAUAUUCUUUCCAAGCCAGGCAAGAUGACGAACUGAAUUUGGAAAAAGGUGACAUUGUGACUAUACACAAGAAGAAAGAUGAAGGAUGGUGGUUUGGUUCUUUAAAGGGAAAAAAAGGCCAUUUUCCUGCUGCUUAUGUGGAGGAACUCCCUUCAAAUGCCAGGGACACAUCUUCACAAGCGUAAGCAAGAUUCUGAAGGCAUCGCCUUACACUCUGUAAAUUAUACAAUGUGGUGCAAAUAAAGACAAAUGCUGUGAUCUUCUGUCUUUCUAACUGGGUGAUGGUGAUGUGACCUGCAUGUCACAGUGCUUUGCACUUAGUUCUUUGAAACAGAGUCAGAAGAUUGAGAGUAAAGGGAGGUGGGAAAGAGGCCUGAUGGCUCCUAGAGUUUUCUAAUUCUAAGAGACCCUAGAGAUAACCUAAUACAGCCUCUGCUCACAGAGAGAGAGAAAACUGAGUCCAGGCAGUUCAGCCUGAAGUCAGUCUUCUGGUAGCACAACAGAGAUUAGGACACAGAUGUCUUUUUUCCUGGGGUCUUGGGUGGAAAUAGCCACAGUAGGCCCACCAGAGGUCAAGCAGUGUCAGGGAGAUGGGGAAGAACACAGAUCAAGUCCAAGAAGAAGAGCUUAGCAGAGACAGGCAGGCAAGGCACCAGUGAGACAGACCCAGGUUAAGGACAUUAGAAUAAAGGACCAGAAGCCAAGGCAAAGAGGCGGUGUGGUCGGAAGAGAGGGUGGUAGACGAGGACCAUGUACCAGGCAGAGGAUUUCAGGGUAGAAUGGAGUACCAUCCUGAGCCAAUGACCUUCUGAGGUACCCUCUACCCACAACCAGAACUGCUCUUAGAGUGAGGUCAAGUGUGAGCCAGAGACGGCUGGGGAUCAGAGGAUAAGAGCAAGGCAGAUAGGAAAAGGUUAGGAAGGAGACAGUGCCAGAAAUUUCAUGCCUCCUUGCCCAGUUGGAAACUUCAUACGCCAAUUCAGAAACCAGGAAUUCUGCACUUCCCUUCCAGGUCACGAUGAAAGGAAUACCCUAAGCAACUUCCUAGUGAAAGACACUUUAAGUGCUAAUGAGUCUCUAGUUUGGAUGGAAAGUUCUAGAAACUAGCAUUUACUUGUCAAAAUGGAAAAUUUAGAGAGAUUUAUGCUGCUUCCUCAAAUGCCCUAUAACGGGAAAAGGUUGAGAAUGAGAAGGUUCCCCUCUUCCCGAGGGGAACAUUUUAGAAUGAAGAGAACUGGUACAGCAGCAUCUUUCAGAAAAUGACCUAAGUCAGUCUGGAGACCACACUCUCCAUUGAAUGGAAGGUCAAGGUACUGAUGAUAAUACAUCUGGGCAGAUUUACUUUUGUGCCAAAUAGACAGUCUGGCAUUAAAGGAGUAAUUAAAACCCAUUCUAUUACUCUCCUGCCCUCUACCUCUGUUUAUUUUUUUAUCCUGUCAAAUUUUAUAUUUUCACAAAGGAAAUUUUCAAACCAAGGUACAUAUAUUUUUUUAUACUCUGCACUAUUACACUCCUAUAGCAGGAUAUAACAACUAACACAUAGAGAUAUUUAUAGAUACAGAUAUCAGACCCGAAGGAGCACAAGUAAAAUCUGUUAUGUGAGACAUAACUUACUUACAGCCUAGAACAGAUCAGAAGUUUUAACGUCAUCCUUAAUGGUGUAUUAAUGAAGACUUUCCACACGUAGAAAGUAGGCUGAAUAAUAGGCCAUUAGACCAUGAACUGAGAUUUUGAAUUUACAUUUCCUCUUCAUCUGACUUCUUUCCAUUAAGCCUUGAUGGAUAAAAAAUUGUAUAGCAAUUGACUGUAGCCUACACUCGAUCAUUUGUAUAGAGAAAGUGAUGAUAAUGGUGGUUGGGCCCUGAAACUCUUUGGAAGUAAUUUUCAAAGAAGGGGGGGGCCUCUCUUUCUUCAUAAAGCAGUUUUACUUUGUAAAGACAUACAUGGUUUUCCUGGUUUAAAAUGUUGCUGCAAAUCCUUUUUGCAUCUGUGAUGAUAUGUAAUUUUUAAACUUCAAAGAAAUACUAUAGUCUUAAACCAAAUAAAAAUACAAGUAUUGUUGGGGAUAACAGACUUGGAUAUCUUUUUAGAAGGGGAAGAACUUUCUGGCAGGACAGGUACGGAUGGUACGCCUUAGAUUUAGGUAAAAAUUAAGUGCAUAUUGGUAAGAAUAAUGAUGUGCCCAAGUCUUCCACAGAGACUAAAAUAAUUUUUAAUAUGAAUACUUUUAAACUUUUAAUUGGGCUUUCUUAAUUAUACUCCACUAGGCAGUUUUCAUAUGUCAGGAAGUUUUUAGCAACAUUAACAACCUGAAAUAUAGGCAGUAGAGGGAGGUCUGAGCCAGAUUUUCACUAAAAAUAUCAAAAGCAUUACUGUGUCUUCUUUCAGGUAGAGUAAAAGCUUACUAUCCAUUAUCCUGUCAACCAGAAAGAUUAAUUUUUUUUGCAUUUUCAAUUACUCAUAAUAAUAUUCACAAUGAAUAUUAUGAUCCAUUUGGAUCCAUCAAAAAGUAAUACAAUAUUUAGUUUGGGUUAAAUUUUAUUGUACAGUAUCUUUAGGCUUUAACUGAUUAGUAAUUGGAGCAUAAUGUAACUUGUUCCAGCUUCCAAGAAAAAGUCUCCCCUCCCCCAAAGUCUUGAUGGCCUUGGGGGUAAUCAGCCUAAUCUGGAGAAUCAAAAUAACAACACAUCCCAUUGCCUGUGGCAAUGUUAGUAGGAAAAAUGUCUAACUCAGGGAAGAUGGGCCUGGGGGCAGGGGAUCACGAGAAGGUGGGAUUUUGAAGGGCGAACAGAAGUUACCAUACAGAGUGGCUGGGGCACUAUCACUCUGUCACUUCAAUACUAAAAAGACAAUGAGCCCUUUUCCUCAGAGAGCCCUUAGUCUCUCUUCUGAAAGGGAAACAGACCAGUAAACACAAUACACUGUGAUAAAUGCUAUAAUAGGAGUAUAUCAAGAAGGUUAUGAGAACAUUUAGGAGGAGCAUUAAUUAGGAUCAAGGAAGUCAGGGAAAGUCCAAACUGAGCAGGAGUCAGGCAAGUGGGAAGGGUGAGGUGGAUGCUGUGGGCAGAUAAGAAAGUACUGCACGUAACCCCUGGAAAAUACACACGUAAAAAACUGAUUACAUAUGAGGCCACAAAGUAAGACUCUAGAAACUGUGUGACCACAAUGUAAGUUAGAAAUCAUUAAGAAAAGGUUAAGUGAAAAAACCCUGUGUGUUUGGAGAACACAUAUGUAUAUGUCCCUGCACACAUACAAAUGCACAUGUGCACACACUUCUAAAUAACACAUGGACAAAGAAUAAAUCUUAAUGGAAAAUUUUAAAUGUUAGAAAUAAAAAAUAAAGUUACUACGUAUUAAAACCUGUAGUUUCAGGAAAGCAGCUUAAAAAAAGUACUAUAAGGAAAAGGAGAAAGGCUAAAAUUAAUGAAUUAAGCAUCCUAAUUAUGAAUUUAUGAAAACAUCAGAAACAACCUAAAGCAAAUAAAAGAAAUGAAAAAGAUCAGAAAUUAAUGAAAUAUAAAACAAAAUAAGGGGUUGAACAAAGCUAUCCAUUGGCUCUUUGAAAGGAUUAAUCAACUGAGCAAACCUCUAGCAAAAUUAAGAAAGGCAUAAAUAAAUAUUACUUCUAAGAAAAAAGUAGACAUACUACAGAUGCAGUAGAUAUCAAAAACUAAAAUUAUAUAUUAUCAACAACUUUAUACCAAUUAAUUUGCAAAGAAUGUCAGCAAAAGAAAUAAACUUCUCAAAAACGUAUGCCUUAUCAAAACUCAGGAAGAAAUAGAAUAACUGAAUAAUUCAGUAACUAUUAAAAAAAUUUAACGAGCAUUCUAAAAACAUCUUCCUACAAAGAAAACACAGGCCCACAUAGUUUUAUAUGUGAGUUCAAAAACAGGAAGUCUUAUUCAAACUUUUUGAGGAAACAGAAAAAAAGGAACACAUCUCAACUAUUUUCAAGGGUCUAGGACCUAGGAUAACUGUGACUCCAACAUCCCAUGAAGUUUAUACAAAGGAAAAUUAAAAGCCAAUCUAAUUCAUGGCUAUAGAGGUAAAAAUUUAAAACAAAAGUUUCACAAACUGAAUCCAACGUUAUUAAAAACAAAACAAAACAAAAAGGAUUGCACACCAUGACUAAGUUGGAUUUAUUCUAGGAAAGCAAGUUUAAUUCAACUGCUUUUUUAAGCCUAUUAAUAUAAAUCUCCUCAUUAGCAGAUACAAGGUGAAAAUCUAUAAAGAUACAGAAAAACAUGAUAAAAUCCAACAAACAUUCAUGAUAAUUACUUUUAGUUAACUGAAAAUAGAAGAAAACUUUCUUGGCCUGGUCAACAAAAAAGAAAACAGCAAGUUUGGGAAACUACACAUAGUGCAGUCUGGCCUGAUAGAAAAUUGAUGCUCAGAAGAUUAAAUGACUUGCCUAACAUCAUGUAUCAAUUUUAAUAGUAGAGCAAAGACUGGACCACAUCUUAAUCCUCAAAUCUUUCUACAUUACCAAUGUUGGGGCCAGAAAGCAGAAUUUUUCACAAAAAAAAGAGUAUUCAAGAUUUACCAUUAUACCGAUCACAUUUAUUUGAUCUCAAAUAUUGCCACUUUCUGAAUUUCUGUAAAAAUCUAUCCAACUGAGUAAAAUAACUUCAUCCCUGAAGUUUUUCCCUUUGUUGGACCUUAGCUUCAGCAGCUACCUCCAGCUUGCUUGGUUGCUAAGGGAAAAUGAUAACAUGUGUCUAAACUCCAAACAUUCUUCACAUAUUUCACCAUACAUUGUUCACACUUCACACUACAGUAUGUUUAACAAUACCAAGAAAGGAGCUGAUUUAAACAGCUCAUAUACUCUCCAGUUUACUUACUUAACUGACGGACUCUCUUUCUACUUAGAUGAAACCCUUCUUUAUUCAGAAAGAGUCUUAUUCUCAAUUAGCUUUGUCAUUUAGUCAAGAAUUGCCUGCAGAAAUAUCUUUACCUUCUAAGAAUUUCUAGACAUCUCAGCAACAUGCCUGUAGGUAUUACUGAACAAGUCAGCUCCUUUUCAAAGAUGUAAUUUUAAUUUCCCAUUAAAUAAUCCUAUAUUGAGUCUAGAAAUGUGUUCGACAUUAACAAAUACUUACUAAGCUUCUACUAUGUGUUAGAUACUAUGCUAGGGUGAUACUAGGCACUUCACUGUCAUGAUACACAAAUUAAAAUAUAACUAAUUGUCUCUGUACAAGAAUCCUCUGAAGUGGAAGAGAAGCAACACAUUCUAAUCCUCAUUACCUGGGAAAUCAAAACUUUAAAUCCACUAGCAGAUUUUGUGCUGAUUCUGUUUUUUUAACUUAAUUAGUGAUUGAGUUUAAUUUUAGAGGGCUUGUUGUUCCAUUUUAUUACAAAAUGUGGAAUAGGUUAGUCCACCCGAUUUGGAUUCCAGUUCAGUUUUACUACUUGUGUGCAUUUGUUUCCCAUUUAAGAAAAUCUCUUACCUAUGUAUCUUGUGCUUUAUUUCCGUACCAGUAAGACUGUAAAUGCUUAAAAGUAUUAUUUCUUAUUUACAACACAGCAUCCUAAAUAAAAUGGAUAGAGCAAAUUUAAUGGAAUAGCUUGGUUUACCUUUCACAUGUAUUCAAAGCGCAAUUUUCAUAAUGUAUCAAACUUUAAAAUUUAAGCUAAUAUACUAAUAAUGUUGACUCCAGAAUAUUCCUAGGUUGGCACAGAGCAAACCUCAAAAAUUAGGGCAUUUAUAUUUGAUUGAACAGAUAAAGACUUACGCAUAAGUCAACAGUCCUCCAUCCACCAUUUCCAUAAAGACCUGGGUUGAUAAGUGCAGUCUGAAUACCUAGAGAUGGUUCUCAGUGAGUCACUUGGGUUCUGAAGGCCAGGUACUAAGGAUCCAGGCAAAACAUAUCCCCCUGUUUUUUUUUUUCUUAAUCAUUAUACCUCUAUAGAAACAAAAAAGCAAAAUUAUAUUAUAAAAAUUCAAAUUUGUAAAAAAAAACAAAAAAAAUUCAAAUUUGUAUAGAAUCUUUGUUAAGAACUCUGUCUUCACAUACUUUCUCUGCAAUAUAGCAUAGAAAGGCAUAAGGUAGAGUCUAGGUGAAGUUCAUGGGUUAGGUGCCAGACUGCCACCUGGGUUUGAAUCCCAACUCUAACACUUCCCAGCUAUCUGACUUGAAGUUACUUACACUCUCUGUGCCUUGGAUUCCUUAUCUGUAGAACUAGGUUAUGGAUAGUACCUACCUCACAGGUUGUUGAGGGAAUAUAAAUGAGGUGACAUCUGUAAAGGGCUUAGAACAGUGCUGGGCACAUAAGAAGAGUUAAGAAAGUACUAUCUAUUAUUCUAAGGUGGCCAACCCUAACCAAUUCCCAAUUCCACUUUUAGAAUGAAUCAACUUUCCAGGUGAGAAAACAAACUGAUAUAAAUUUCUAUGGCUUAAGGCCCUUUGUUUGGUAUGAGAGUGCACUUUAUUCAUACGUCUGACCUUGGAUCCCAGCUGCAAAGCUGGUUCCUAUGCUAUCCUUUUGUGACUUUCCUGCUACGUGGUCUCAUUCAGAUGUCUCGUCCCACCUCCACACCCCAGUUAGAAGAAGUGAAGAAUGGUGGUCCUUGAGGAGAAAUGGACCUAAGUGCGGAGCUACCCAUUUAGUCUCUCAUCCCCCGUCUUCAUUUCUCUAACUUGCAGGUGAAGAGGAUCUUUCAGAAUCAAUGCCUCGUGCCUUCUCGCUGUAUGGUUCAAAACACUGUAUCAAGAAUUUG